AUGACAACCCACGUCAAAUCUUCCUCCCCCUUACCUUGUUUCCGUUCAUCCACCACCUCCGCCGUCUCCGGCGACCACCGCUCCGCCGCCGCCGCCCAUAACCUCUCAACAUCCGUUUACAAAACCUCUAAUGGUCUCUUCGCCCUCACCUGGUGUCGCAAUCUCCUCCGCCGUUCUUUCCAUCUCUAUAUCCUCCUAGACGCAGACGCCGGCGAUCUAUCAUCUUCUUCUUCUCCAUCUUUCUCACUUAAUCUCAAACCAUUCAUUUUCUGGAACAGAACUGGAUCCAGAAAGUUGAAUCUGAAUCUGAAUCUACCCAAUUCCAGUUCCAAAUCCAAAUGGGUUCAGAUCUUUUGGGAUUUUUCUAAGGUUAAAUUCGGUUUACAGCCUGAACCCGAUUCAGGAUUCUACAUCGCCGUUGUUGUAGAUGGGUCAAUGGUUCUUCUCGCCGGAGACUCGCCGGCGGAAGCUUUUUCAAAGACUAAGUCAACUAAGUCAAUUAAGUCACAAUCGGUUGUUCUUCGAAGGGAGCAUUUCAAUGGGAAUAAAUUAUACAAAACAAAAGCCCAAUUUGGAAAUAGAAUUCGAGAAAUCUCUGUACUUUGUAGAACAGGAGAUGAUUCGAGAUUGUAUUUUAGUGUGGAUGAUAAAAGGGUGUUGCAAAUCAAGCAUUUGAAGUGGAAAUUCAGGGGAAAUGAGAGAAUUGAAAUUGAUGGUGUUUAUGUUCAGAUCUCUUGGGAUGUUUAUAAUUGGUUGUUUGAAGAAGAUAAUGAAGAUGGGUAUGGUCUUUUCAUGUUUAGAUUUGAAAACCUUGGAUUAUUUGAAGAUGAUCAUGAAGAAGUGAUGAACAAGAAUGGUUUCUCAUUUGGGUCACAACAAUCUUGUGGAUUUGGGUUUGAGAAGAUGAAGAUGAGGAAGAGUUUGAUGAAAUCUUCUGAAAAGGGUUCUUCUUCUUCUUCACUUUCAUCGGGUUCUUCAAGUUGUAGUUCGGUUAUGGAGUGGGCAACCAUGGAGGAGAAUGAGCUUAAGGGACCUUCUUCUGGUUUUUCUCUUCUUUUGUAUGCUUGGAAAAGUUGA